GAUCAUUGAUGAAUAGCUGAGAUGUGGGAGUUUACAGUCAUAUGGUACGGUUGUAAGAUGAAGUUCACCAUCUCCCUCUUAUACGCUAGCCUUCUUGCUGGCAGCGCUAUCGCAGUUCCUGUGAAAGCAGGCCAGUCAGAUGAUGUUAUGCGCCGUUCUGAGGACAACUUCUUCCCCGACGGUGGCCCUUUCCCCGGCUUAACCAACGGUGGCAACAGCAAUACCAAUACCAACGCCAACACCAACACCAAUGCCGACACUACUGAUACUAGUGACGACACUGGUUCUUCCGGCAACGGUUUCUUCCCCGAUGGCGGGCCUUUUCCUGGUUUGACAAAUGACAACAGCGCCGACACAGCCGACACUACGGCUGACACGUCCUCCGGCAAUGGCUUCUUUCCCGAUGGUGGCCCAUUCCCCGGUUUGACAAAUGGCGGCAACAACAAUGCCGCUAGCUCUGGAGCCAGCACUGGCAGCUCCAGCAGCACCACCUCCUCCGACCCACCUGCCGACGGCUUCCCUGAAGCGGGUCCAUUCCCAGGACUCCCAAAUGGCGGUCGCGGAACUAACAGUAAGAGGAAGGCACCCCCUGCUGAUGGUUUCCCCGAGGCUGGUCCGUUCCCCGGUUUGCCAAAUGGUGGCCGUGGUACUAACAGCAAGCGAAAGGCGCCUCCCGCGGAUGGUUUCCCUGAAGCGGGACCUUUCCCAGGACUGCCCAACGGUGGUCGGGGCACUCAGAGCAACUAAGCGUCAUUUGAGUAGGAGAUCGGGAGGACUAAAACGGGAGUAGAUACCAUUAUUUCGAGGGUGAGAGGAUUUGAGAAUACGGUAUUUCUUAGUGUAGCCUAGAACAAUCGGACUUUUUAACCAAAAAUAACUUUCCAUUUGGUAUGUGGGAUAUCUGAUAAUUCGCUAUGAUAUGCGUUAGCUGAUCAGAUGAGGAAUAUUGAACUUACUAAAAUCU